AUCCUAUCCUUGCUUGUCUCAAAAAGGGGAAAAAAAAAAGAAAAAAAAAGAAAAAGAAAAGUCUCAUUUUUACGUAUCCUAAACGCUUCCUUCUUCUUCCUGCCCUUGAACCGAAAUUGGACAUUCUAGGGUUUUGGGAGCAGCUAGGGUUUUGGUCGAUGGGCGCUGGGGUUUCGAGCGCGCUGGGGCCGGAGGUUGAGGGUGGGGCCCACGAGGUAGGGUUGGGGGACUUGCCGGAGAGCUGCGUGGCGGAGGUGAUGCUCCGCCUGUCGCGCCUCGUUUGGGCGACGAAGCUCCCUGAGAAUUACAAGUAUUUGAUGGACAAGGCCUCGGCCGAGAGCGAGAGCCUGAGCGAGAGCGAUUCGAAAGGUGUUUUGACUAAGAAGGAGAUUUAUGCGCAGCUGUGCCGGAGGAAUCCCUUUGAUGGAGGGACUAAGGAGUUUUGGAUGGAGAAGAGAAGCGGUGGGAUUUGCAUGUCCAUUUCGUCGAAAGCGUUGGCGAUUACGGGGAUUGAUGAUCGGAGAUAUUGGAAUUAUAUUCCGACUGAGGAAUCUAGAUUCCACACGGUAGCCUACCUUCAACAAGUCUGGUGGUUAGAAGUCGCUGGCGAAAUUGACUUUUGCUUCCCUCCAGGCUCAUACAGUCUAUACUUCCGACUACACCUUGGCCGAGCCUCGAAAAGACUUGGCCGACGAAUAUGCACCCUCGAUCACGUGCAUGGAUGGGACGCAAAGCCCGUCAAAUUCCAGCUACGCACAUCUGAUGGUCAGCAUUCAGUCUCGGAGUGUCACUUAGAUGAGCCAGGUGUCUGGAACCGAUACCAUGUAGGCGAUUUUGUGGUAGAGAAGUCCAAUGUAUUGAUAGUCAAGUUUUCGAUGACCCAGAUUGAUUGCACUCAUACUAAAGGGGGCCUUUGUGUUGAUUCUGUGCUAAUUUAUCCUAAAGGGUUUAGACAGGAUAAAGGUUUUCGGUCUUGUGUGUAAUUUUUGUAGAAUCAGAGCAAAAUCACAUAUAGAAGAUGGUUUUUUUAGUAUCUUUCUUCUACAUGUUUGGUAUAUGUUAGUUUUUGGGAGGGUUGUGAGGUGUUUUGUACUGUAAAGACUGGUUAAGCUGUUUGUUAAUCGGAUGCUUCUCGAUGGAAAAUAUUUCUAAGAUAAUCUGAAAUUCCAUGAGAAUGAGAUAA